GCUCUCUCAUCUCUCAUAUCUCAUUGACCCAAGUUUUCUCCUUCUAUCAGCAUCAUCUGAUAAGCUCGUCGUCGGUCUCUCCUGGCUCCGAUCUCGCAUGCCUUCCUUGCCGUCGUCGUCACUGGCGGCAGUAGCAGCAGCUCCCGGACCUGGACGUCGUCGCCGUUCCGUGUCUUGUCACUGCCUCAUAGUCAAUCUCGCGCCGUCAUUGCGCCCGUCGACGCCGAGACAGAAGCAGCAAGUCACCGACUUCCUCCUCGCCUUCAGCAACUCCUUCGCACAACCUGGUCCCAAUCUGGAGCCUCAGAGUUUGAUGUUGUCAAUGUGAUUCUUGAGGAGGGACCAAUCAUUCUACAUAUUUUUAGCAUAUUCUAUCACUUGGUUUCACAUGUUAGUAAAUUCCAUGUGGAGAGAAGCUUUCAUGAAGGCAUAUAAGGCCAUGGACAAAGAGCUAGGUCUCAUCCGAAUCUGGAUUGUUUCUGUAGUGGGAGCACGGCUGUAACCAUAGUGAAGCAGGGAUCAAUUCUGUUCAUGAGCAACAUAGGGGAUUCCCGAGCAAUCAUGGGAUCCAAUGAUAGCAAUGACUCCAUGGUGGCAAUUCAGUUGACAAUUGAUUUGAAACCUGAUUUGCCAAGGGAAGCUGAAAGAAUCAAAAGGUGCAAGGGCAGGGUAUUUGCCUUGCAAGAUGAACCAGAAGUUCCAAGGGUGUGGUUACCUUUUGAUGAUGCACCUGGAUUAGCAAUGGCUAGAGCAUUUGGCGAUUUUUGUUUGAAGGAUUACGGUGUCAUUUCUAUACCAGAAUUUUCUCACGCUUCUUACAGACAAAGACGAGUUCAUUGUUCUUGCCUCGGAUGGAGUAAUACUUUCGAAAAUAUAUCUGCUUUUAUUUGUUCUUGUGGUCUCAGUUGCCACAGUAAUGUUACAAUUAUCGCUAAAGUCUCUCAACAUAGAGCAUUUGCAGCAUUUACAAAUAUUUAUUGGUUUGAUGAGAACAUUUCAUUGUAAUACCUUUGUCAAAACAGGGAAUUCAAGGAGGAAAAUCUUUCAGUGGUUUUGAUGCUCUUUUAUUUAGUUACUCAAGUGUAAAAAACUAGGCUCAAGUUAUGUCACUAAACGAAAUGAAUUCACCAACAGCAUAAUGCUAUUCUUGUUUUUUUU